AUGGAGUGGAUAACUAGAGGGAUGAGUCUCUCCUUCCUGGUGCUUUCUCUCGUGUCUCUGUCAGUGCAGCAACAUGCCAAAGAAAAAGAACAACCAAAGGUUGUGAGUUUAACGGCCAAGUGUACCCCGAUGGGUGCUCACUGCGAACUCACCAACGACCCACACAUCACAACCUUCGACGGCUACCGGUAUGACUGGCACGGCACCUGCAACUACUCCGUCACGCAAAGCGACUUUAGCCUUGAUCCACAUGUGGGCGUCUUUAGCGACUUCGAGCCGUGCAAUGCGUGGGCAUCUUGCCUCGGCCACACCACCUUCAGGGACAACCCCAACACUAUCAUAACCAUGCGUGUCUCCAGCCUCUUCUUGGUGCGUCAUUGCUCUAACCGACUGGACGUGAUAGCACACCCAGCACAUAUGAGGCAGCUGGACGGGCUCUGUGGUCACUUCAACGGGUACCAGAUGGACGACUUCACCAGCAGGCAGGAAGUGGUGCACCCCCUUCAGUACAGACCUCUCGCCUUCCCUCUCUCUUGGCUAACUGAUGACCAAUGUGAAGAGAAGUGUAAAGACGAGUGUCCAGAGCUAAUGGGCUGUGAGGGCGAGGGAACGCAUGAUCCCUGCACACUCGAUCAUGAUGGCGAAGAGUGGAGACAUUACUGGAAACUAUGUUGGAAGAAACUCGGUAAUAUCGUCGGGAAAGAUGUGAAACGGCAACAUUACAUUGAGACUUGCGCCUUUGACCUGUGCAUGUUGAAUCAAAACAACAUGGGCGAGAGGGAAGAGUUCAGGUGGCUGGAGGCACUGGCAGAGAACGCUCACCUGGCCAUGGCGAUUCCACAUUUUAAAGGAGGUUAG